CGCUGUAUGAUUUUAGCGCUAUUUGGCAUCGACAAGUAAUAAACACCGAGAGAUCUCUUUUUUUUUCAAGGAGGAUUUUUCUUAGCGCGAUUUUCCCGCGUAUGAGAGACAUACUCUCGGUCGAGAGGUUCAGGUCUGUGUAACCUUGACGGGACAGACAUAAAUACCUCCGCCAAAUUCCUUGAUUGCCUUUUUUUUUCCUUCUUCUGCUCCCGUCAUCUCGUUCAUCUAUUCCUCAUCAUCAUCAUGUCUGAAAGUGUUUUCGCACCCGUCAAGAUCGCAAGAUCAACGUCCAUGACUCUUGAAGAUUACCGAGCGCGCAAGGUUGCUCUUAUCACUGGUGUUACUGGUCAGGACGGUUCUUACUUGACCGAAUUCUUGUUGAGCAAGGGUUAUGAAGUCCACGGUAUCAUCCGUCGUUCCUCAUCCUUCAACACUGGCCGUAUUGAACACAUCUACAAGGACAGACACGAUCAAGGCGUGAAAUUCUUCCUUCAUUAUGGUGACUUGACUGAUUCCACAUGCCUGGUCCAUAUCAUUACCCAAGUCCAGCCUACCGAGGUCUACAACUUGGCCGCUCAGUCCCACGUCAAGGUCUCUUUCGAUAUGUCCGAAUACACUGGUGAUGUCGAUGCUCUCGGUACUCUGCGUCUCUUGGAUGCUAUUCGCACAUGUGGCUUGACGGACCGUGUCCGUUUCUACCAAGCUUCUACCUCUGAAUUAUAUGGUAAGGUGGUGGAAACUCCUCAAAAGGAAACCACACCUUUCUACCCUCGUUCUCCCUAUGGUGUGGCCAAACUUUACGGUUACUGGAUCGUCGUGAAUUACCGUGAAUCCUAUGAUAUGUAUGCUUGUAACGGUAUCCUUUUCAACCAUGAAUCACCUCGUCGUGGUCGUACCUUUGUCACCCGCAAGAUUACUCGCGCGGUAGCUGACAUUCAUCUCGGACGUCAAGACUGUCUCUACCUCGGCAACAUCGAUGCUAAGCGUGACUGGGGUCAUGCUCGCGACUACGUUGAAGGCAUGUGGCUCAUGUUACAACAAGACAAGCCCGACGAUUUUGUGUUAGCGACUGGUGAAACCCACACCGUGCGUAGCUUUGUCGAGAAGGCCUUUGCUGUCACUGGCCGUAAGAUCGUUUGGGAAGGUGAAGGUGUGAAUGAAAUCGGCAAGGAUGCCGAAUCCGGCAAGGUUCGUGUUCGCAUCGAUCCCAAGUACUUCCGUCCCGCUGAAGUCGAACUGUUGCUCGGUGAUCCUACCAAGGCCAACGAAAAAUUAGACUGGAAACGAAAAGUCACCUUUGACGAAUUGGUAACCGAAAUGGUGGUUGCUGAUAUCGAAGGAUCUUUGAAGAAUGAUACAUACAACUAAAUAACAUCAUUUAUCUCUAACUAUUCAUUGUUGAAAAAUUAUCCCUCAUCUAAAAAUCCGCUCAUCUACCCCUUGUUUCUCCCUUUUUGAUCUCCAUAUUCGGACAAUAAAUAUUACACUAGAUCAUCAUUGCAAUUUCCGC